CACGGUGACGUUGGUCUGUGGGUCGCUGCUUCCACGAUCAUCGUUGUUUUCACGAUCGUCGCCGCUUCCUUGAUAGCCACCACUUCCUCGAUCGUCGCCGCCGCUUCCUCAAUCGCCGCCACUUCCUCGAUCGUUGUCGCUUCCUCGAUUGGCGCCACUUCCUCGAUCGUCGCCGCAGCAUCCUCAAACUCACUGUUAGCUCAAUAUGAUGGCAAUAGGUUUUUUACAGUUGUGAAUGGAGCUUGGAAAGCUACACCUUUGCUUCUACCUGUACCAGUAAUUGAACUCAGUGACAUUGCAUUUGCUGUUGACUUUAUACCUGCAGUUUUUGGUGUGACAAGAGAUCCCUUCAUUGUUUUUUUCAUCUAAUCUCUUUGCCAUUUUAGAUAAAGUCUACGAUCUCUAUAUACACUGAUUUCAGAAGACAGAAAGCAUGGCAGAAUUGGAGUAUCUACAGGUUAGUUUUUUUUUUUUAAGUUUUCAUGUUAAAUGACCUAUUUGCCCAUAUCCAUUGUUAUGAAUGAAUUGAUAGUAUAUAUCUACUUGGGAAUCAUGCUUUGAAUUUUGAAAGGUUUAUCCAUGUUUGAGAUUACAAAUAGGUUGAUGUUAGGUCAACAUUUUCUUCUAUAUCUAUGUGUUUGAUUGGGUGCAAAAUGAUCCUAGAUUUCUUUGGUAAGUGUCUUAUUGAUUAGGUCACUCAUAACCAAAGAUAAUUCAUUAUGAUAAUAAGGAUGAGGGAAAAUACGUCUUUUGGUAACUACCUGAAAUGUUAAUCAUAUCCAAUAAAUCAUAUAAAUCAUAGCAUCAUACUUUCAUUUUAGUGCUCUAAUAUGAUGAAAUAUGAAAGUAGAGUGCUAUAAUAAACAAAUCAGUGAAAGUACGUUGCUAUACUCGCAUAGAUUUCUAAAACUAAAAUGUUAUAGUAUUAUGAAAUAUGAAAGAAAAUAUGAAUUGUUUUAAUUUUAAUUUUGAUUAAAAUAACUCCAACUGGGGUAAUUGUUAUAAAAAUGGUCCAUGUUGCAGGAAUAUAUUACAAAAAUGGUCUUUGUGGCAGGUAAUUGUUACAAAAAUAGUCCUUAUUACAGGAAAGCAUGACAAAAAUGGUCCUGUAAGAAGCUGUUAAAAUUGUCCUUGUAGCAGGGAUAUAUUACAAAAAUGGUCCUUUUGACACGUAACUGUUACAAUGGUAAGUACUUUCAACUAGGAUAACCAUUUGAUCUAUGGUUCUUUUUAUGUGUGGUGAUUAUUAGUGAUAUUAUUACAUAUUUUUAUGUGAUUAUUAGUGAUAUUCUUAUAUAAUUUUAUAUGAUUUAUUAUGAUUAUAUU